AUGAACUACAUCCUUCGUCCCAGAGCCUCUACUGUGGUCCGAGCGCAUCUUCGGCACAUCGCCACUGUGCCCAUGAUUUUUGAGGGCGCACCUACAGACCACCACUUCAUUUCUACGUCCCCCGCUGGAGAACCCCUGCAUAAGGUGCUAGCUCUGAAGGACGCGCGGCUCGUUGCAAAGUUGUGCGAGCGGGCGAAGAAAGGGUUUCUCUUGUGGAAGGCGAUGAGCGUGAAGGAAAAAAUCGGCAUUUACGACAAUAUCAUUCGCCAACUGGAGGCUCAGAAAGACGAAUUAAUCCAGGCGCACGUAGAAAUUGGAAACCCAAUGUACAUGGCGGAAUUCAAUUACUAUGGAACUCUGGACAAUAUUCGCCAUUACCGGUCAAUCCUGGACACCAGACCUGCAGGAAAACUGCCUGUUCAAAACGUCAGCUCAGAUAAUACUGAUGAAAUCUCUAUGGUGGUCAACGAACCGUUCGGACCAGUAUUGAGCAUAGCCGCAUGGAAUGCGCCGCUGAUUCUUGCCACGCGCGCAAUAUUUGCUCCGCUCACGGCGGGCUGCUCUGUAAUCGUCAAGUCCAGCGACCUGUCUGCCAGAAUCUCGCAUCUCAUCGUCCAGGCGUUGCUGGACGCGGGAGUCCCCAAAGACGUGUUGACGCUGGUUCAUUGCGAGUCCUCAAGAUCCAAGGAGAUAGUUGACGCGCUUAUUGCAAACAGAAACGUAAAAAAAGUCAACUUCACCGGAUCUACCCGUGUGGGCUCCGAAAUAGCAGCUGUGGCAGGAAAACAUCUCAAACCCACGCUGCUGGAACUGGGCGGAAAAAACUGCUCCAUCAUCCUGGACGACGUCGAAGACUUUGAAAACGCUCUUCGGACCAGCCUGUGGGCCAGCUGGGCCCACAAGGGACAAAUCUGUAUGUGCACAGACCUGAUUUUCGUCUCAGAAAAAAAAUAUCCACAGGCUGCCAAGAUGCUCCAGAAAAUUGCAACCCAAACCAUCGCCAACGACAAAACCUUAGCGAUGCCGCAAAGAACGGCUGCACACGCAGAGCCUGGAAAAAAACUGAUCAGCGAGGCGUUGCAACAGGGCGCAAAGUUGCUCGCUGGCACCUUAGACUUCUCUGCUACCAACAAGUUCGCUCCGGUCAUUCUCACAGAUGUCACGCCGGAAAUGAAGGUAUAUACCACAGAGACUUUUGCCCCAGUUGUGUGCUUGGUGAAAUACAAAGACGUGGCGUCGGUCGCUGACCAGGUCAAUGCGCUGGACUACGGGCUAAAGUGCUCUAUUUGGACCAGCCAAGGUCUCGCAGCAUACAAACUGGCCGGCCAGAUAGACUGCGGAUCUGUCCAUGUGAACAGGCCGACCGUUCUGGAUGAGCCGCACCUUCCUCACGGCGGCACCAACAAGUCCGGCUACGGCAGGUUCAACUCUCACUGGGGGGUUUCCGAGUUCCAGUAUCCUAAACUCAUCACCAUCAAAGCGUGA